AUGUCUCAACCCCUCCUCCUCCUCUCUCUCCUUUUCCUCCUCUUCUCCAUGAUCACCACCACCAAACCCCAACCCCAUUCCAACUUCUCCGCCGCCUUCUACUUCGGUGACUCCACCCUCGACACGGGCAACAACGCCCACAUUUCGACCCUCGUCGCCGCCAAUCACUUCCCUUACGGGACCGACUUCCUCCCGGGACAUAACCCCACCGGUCGGUUCUCCAAUGGCCGGCUUGUGCCUGACCUCCUCUCCUCAAAACUCGGCCUCCGCAAUCUGUCACCGCCGUUCUUGGACCCCCAACUCUCCGACCGCGACGAUGUUUUGAAGGGCGCGAACUUUGCUUCGGCCGGAUCAGGGUUCGAUGACGUGACGUCGGCGGUAACGAAUACGAUACCGAUCGCGAGGCAGUUGGAGUUGUUCAAAGUGUAUCUUGGUAGGCUUAGAAAGGUUGCUGGGGAAGAGGAGGCUAGUAGGAUUGUUGGUAGUGGUUUAGUGUUAAUUAGUGCAGGGACUAAUGACUUCUUGAUCAACUUUUAUGAUUUACCUAGUAGGAGAUUGGAAUUUAGCAUAGGUGAGUACCAAGAUUUUGUGCUGAAGAAGGUGGAGAGUGCUCUUAAGGAGUUAUACAAACUUGGAGGCCGUUUGUUCGCUGUCGCCGGUCUACCUCCGAUCGGUUGCAUACCGCUUCAGAUCACGUUGCAUCACUCCUUCGACCGCACGUGCGUCGAGGAGGAAAAUGCGGAUUCCGUCGCCUACAAUGUGAAGCUCCAGAAGCUGCUGCUUAAGCUGCAACAGACGCUCCCCGGAAGCAAAUUCGUGUACAUGAACUCGUACGACGCUCUGUCGGAGAUACUGAACAAUCCUUCCAAAUAUGGGUUUGAGGAGACCAAGAGAGGGUGCUGUGGCACAGGGCUCACAGAGGUGGGCCCACUCUGCAACUUCUUGACCCCAACAUGCCAAGAUGCCUCAUCCUUUGUGUUUUAUGAUGCUGUGCACCCUUCAGAGAAGGUUUACAGGCUAGCCACAGAUUACAUUUUGGAGCAUGUAAUCCCCCACCUGAGAGUCUAA